GUCCAUGGAAUGGAAGCAGCCCUGGGUGCUUGGAUUUGGAUUUACAUCCAUGAUCCUGUCUUUUUAUGCGUGUAAUGUUAUUAUAACCGCAAGUAUUAUUAUACAUUUUCUUAUUUAACCGAAUUACAAUAGAACAGACGUAUAGGAUGAAGUCUGUUUCAUGUUAUUAUACAGGCAACAUCUGUAGAAUAAACCGCGAGAGGGUUGCCAGAUUGCACAGGUUUAAGGUCUUAUGUUUAGUCUAGCUAGGUUAAAUGCAAUUCUUUUCAGCCUAUUAUUUUUAUCAUUACUACACGUGUCAUUUGCAAUAAGGAAUUCAAUCAAAAGGGGUCCGAAAGCUAAGGAGGCGUUUACGAAAAAUCUGGCAACCCUGGAAAUUCUGGGAUCUGUAGCUCUUAUGGUCUCUGGAGGGCGGAAACGUUGGAGAAGUUUGACAACAAGUUUGAGUUUUGUCCUUGGAGAUCAGAAUGUCACGGAGACUUUGUCGUGGCCGGUGAACCUGGAGGGAGUGUUGGAGCUCAAAUCAUGCUGAGUGUCCUGGCGAGAGCUGCGGCGAGGGCAGUGCCUACACGCUUGGCAAGGCCUGUGAUUGUUGUCCAAAUCCGUGAACAAUCUCUGGCACAUCAGGAUGGUCUGCCCAAGCUUCCAGUGCCACCUCUCAGACAGACGUGCGAACGUUAUCUGGCUGCACUCGAGCCGCUCGUAUCUGAGGAGGAGAUAAACCACACGCGCAAGCUCAUGGCCGAGUUCCUGUCCUCUGGUGGCGUUGGGGAAAGGCUGCAGAAAGGACUGGAGAGACGGGCACGCAAAACUGAGAACUGGCUCUCUGAUUGGUGGAUGCAGUCAGCCUACCUAGACUCUCGAAUGCCAAUCGCAGUGUACACCAGCCCAGGCAUGGUUUUGCCUCAGAUGCAUUUCCAGGAUUGCCAGGGACAGAUGAGGUUUGCUGCUAAACUGAUCGCUGGAGUUUUGGACUUCAAAGAAAUGAUUGAUAAGGAAACACUACCCGUUGAGUAUUUGGGAGGAAAGCCGUUGUGCAUGGACCAGUAUUACCAAGUGCUGUCGUCAUGCCGGAUCCCAGGCCCGAAGAAAGACACUGUGGUAAACCAUGCCAUUGGAAAGAAGCCACCAACUCACAUCACGGUGGUUCACAAUUUUCAGUUUUUUUUUCUGGACGUAUACAAUAGCGACGGCACGCCGCUGACGGUGGAUCAGCUCUACAUGCAGUUGGAAAAGAUCUGGAAUUCUUCUCUGCAGACCAAUAAAGAGCCGAUUGGCAUUCUCACCUCGAACCAACGCAAUACCUGGGGCAAAGCCUACAACAACCUCAUUAAAGACAAAACGAAUAAAGAGUCAGUUCGGGCGAUCCAGAAGAGCAUCUUCUUAGUGUGCCUGGACGCCCCGAUGCCUCGCGUGUCAGAUGAGAUCUACUACAGCAAAGUGUCUGCACAGAUGCUGCAUGGAGGAGGAAGUCGCUGGAAUAGUGGAAAUCGCUGGUUUGAUAAAACACUACAGUUUAUAGUGGGCGAGGAUGGAUCGUGCGGACUGACUUACGAGCAUGCUCCUGCUGAAGGACCUCCCAUUGUCUUCCUAGUGGACCAUGUGGUGGAGUAUAUGAAGAAAACCGAGAUGGUGCGAACUCCCAUGAUUCCGCUCCCUAUGCCGCAGAAGCUGCGCUUUAACAUCACACCAGAAAUCAAAAAGGACAUUGAGAAAGCCAAGCAGAACAUGAACAUAAUGGUGCAUGACCUGGACGUGCGAGUUCUGAACUUCUCUCACUAUGGGAGAAAAUACCUCAAGACGUGUAAAAUGGGGCCGGAUGCCUUUAUCCAAAUGGCUUUCCAGCUGGCGUAUUACAGGAUCUACAGUGUUUGCUGCGCUACAUAUGAGAGCGCCUCCUUACGCAUGUUUAAACUGGGCAGGACGGAGGCAAUCCGCACCACCUCCACCGACUCGCUUAAAUUCGUACAAGCCAUGGAUGACGAGUCCAAACAGAAUGAAGAGAAAAUGGCCCUGCUGAAGAAGGCCAUCAACACCCAUCGGGAUUACACACGCAUGGCCAUUCACGGCCAGGCAAUAGACAGACAUCUACUGGGGCUGAGGAUGCAAAGCAUUGAGGACCUGACGACUUUGCCAGAAAUCUUCAUGGAUACUUCCUAUGCUGUGGCCAUGCAUUUCAACCUCUUCACCAGCCAAGUCGGCUCAAAGACGGACUGUUUUAUGUGUAUUGGACCAAUGGUGCCAGACGGCUAUGGCAUCUGCUACAACCCAAUGGACGACCACAUCAACUUUGCGGUUACGGCCUUUAACAGUUGCGAAGAAACGAACGCCAGCAAACUAACACGGUUCCUCGAGGAGGCACUGUUGGACAUGAAGGCUCUUCUGGAGCAGACGCCAAGCAAGUGAGGCCUGCUUACUGGGGUGGAUAAAGCAACAAGCAACACACAAAGUGGACAAGAGUGGAAACUUGUGAAGUUGCGAAGCAAGAGAUAAAAGUAAAGAAAAUUUGCUAUACCUGCAUAUGUCCUCAAGCAGAACAUGAACGUGCGGGAAAUUACUGUUCUCUCGCCCUUAUUUCUUUAUUCAACUAACCAUGACGUUGGCAUUCGUUCCAUAUUAUAUUACUACGGCUUUCUGAUGCUGGUGAAUGAAAAAACAUGGCACCACAAUGUUGCAAUGUGUUAAUUAUACUACAGUAUUGUUUGUUUUGCUGUUUACAUGAUGUUGCUGUUUACUGAUAUCUGUCUAAAGGUUUGCUAUGGUUUAUAUCAAACCCGAGUUUGUUGUUCCCCAACUGAAGCACUUAGCAAGUUUGCUAUAUGACUGUGGUGUGUGUAGCUAUAGUUCCAUAUUUAUUGGCAUAAAUAUACAUUUGGACAGUUGUAAGAUCUACACCCUUUUGUUGUACUAGCUUGUCAAAAAGAAAUGUGUACAUUUUUCCCCUGUAAAAAGCGAACAUGUAUCAUUAAACCAAACGGUAUCAUUAGUUUCUUAGAAGUAA